UCAAAUCUAUUCUACACUUCAAGGAGCUUACUUUCACUUUUACUUUGAAGAACAGAAGCGCAAAUCAGCCACAAACUGGUGUAAAUAAAUCAAGAUUUAGACCUGUGUAUGAAUAAUGAGCUACGACAGAGCGAUUACUGUGUUUUCUCCUGAUGGACACCUGUUCCAGGUGGAAUAUGCUCAAGAGGCAGUGAAGAAGGGUUCAACUGCAGUGGGGGUGAGAGGCAAAAACGUCGUUGUGCUCGGAGUUGAGAAGAAAUCGGCGGCCAUGCUUCAGGAUGACAGGACAGUGCGGAAAAUCUGCUCUCUGGAUGACAACAUCUUCCUGGCGUUUGCUGGCCUGACCGCAGAUGCGAGGAUCCUGAUUAACAGAGCUCGGGUGGAGUGUCAAAGCCACAGACUGACUGUAGAGGAUCCGGCCACUGUGGAGUACAUCACCCGCUACAUCGCCAACAUGAAACAGCGUUACACGCAGAGUAACGGACGAAGACCAUUUGGGAUCUCUUCCCUCAUCAUGGGCUUUGAUUUUGAUGGUACUCCCAAUCUCUAUCAGACUGAUCCUUCUGGAACAUACCAUGCCUGGAAGGCAAAUGCUAUCGGGCGAUCAGCGAAAACCGUUCGCGAAUUCCUGGAGAAGAACUACAAAGAGGAGGAGAUGGAGUCAGAGGAAUUAGUGCUUAAACUGGCAGUCAAAGCUCUUCUCGAGGUGGUGCAAUCAGGUGGAAAAAAUAUCGAGUUGGCCAAAAUGAAGCACGGCGAACCCAUGAAGAUUUUGGACCCUGAUGAAGUCGAGAGGAUCGUAUCUGAACUGGAGAAAGAAAAGGAGGAAGCGGAGAAGAAAAAGAAAUCUGCAGCCACCAAAACAUCCUGAACAUGAAUGUUAAGCAACAAUGAAUUCAUGCAUUAAAACUUUGAGGUUUAUCAGCCAUUUUCCAAUUUAUUAACAAUGGUUCCUUUUUUUGUACAAAGUCCCCAGUUAAUUCAAAUGCAAAGCAAAAAUAAAGGAAACAAAACAAAAA